AUGCCGCAGCAGAGGGACACUCCCCCUAAAAAAUCCUGCGCGUUUUGCUCAGGCUUUACGGUAACGGGAAAAACCCCGAGCCCGCCGCGUCACGUGUGGGCGGAGCCAGCAGCGUGCUCGCUCCUCUGCGUCCUUUGUUGUGACGAGCUGCAGGAAGCCAAGCAGCACCUGGCCGGACCACACGCCCCCCUCCCCGCGGCCUCGGCUGGGCUGCGGGCCGCCUGUGUUGAAGAGAUCAGAGGCUGUAUAGAAAAGCUGUCGGAGGAUGUGGAGCAGGUCAAGAAGCAGCACAGCGCCAUCCUGGCCGCACCCAACCCUGACGAAAAGACCAAGCAGGAGCUGGAAGACCUCACAGCUGACAUCAAGAAGACAGCCAAUAAAGUUCGCUCAAAAUUAAAAGCAAUCGAGCAGAGCAUCGAGCAGGAGGAGGGUCUCAACAGAUCAUCAGCGGACCUCAGGAUCCGCAAGACACAGCACUCGACGCUGUCACGUAAGUUUGUGGAGGUGAUGACUGAGUACAACACCACGCAGUCCAAGUACCGCGACCGCUGCAAGGACCGCAUCCAGAGACAGCUGGAGAUCACUGGAAGAACCACCACCAACGAGGAGCUGGAGGACAUGUUGGAGAGUGGCAAACUGGCCAUCUUCACCGAUGAUAUCAAAAUGGACUCUCAGAUGACCAAGCAGGCCCUGAACGAGAUCGAGACCCGACACACCGAGAUCAUAAAGCUGGAAAACAGCAUCCGAGAGCUGCAUGACAUGUUCGUCGACAUGGCCAUGCUGGUGGAGAGCCAGGGAGAGAUGAUUGACAGAAUUGAAUACAACGUGGAACACUCUGUCGACUACGUGGAGCGAGCCGUUUCUGACACCAAGAAGGCCGUCAAAUACCAGAGCCAGGCUCGCAAGAAGAAGAUCAUGAUCAUCAUCUGCUGCGUCAUCCUGGGCGUGGUCCUGGCGUCGACUAUCGGCGGCACGCUGGGCUUCUAA